UUUGAGACGCGAGAGAGGAAGGACGGGAAAAAGUGUGCUAUUGGGGAGUGGUGGUGAGUGUGGUGAGAACGAGAAAGAGAAAUGGACACUGAAGCUGCUGCGCCGAGCUUUACGGGCGUCCAUUUUUCUGAAACUACAUUGCCGUGUAAGAACCAGGAUCUGCGCGGACACAGAUAUUCGGCGACACCAGACCGCUGGCCAUCGCAAGCUUAGCGUCGUUGGGUGAGGCAAGGCCCUGAGAAGAGUGGAAGCAGCGAUGGGGCGUGGUUACCAAACUUUCUCCAGCAGCAGGUAAGCCGAAAACAUUCACAAAUUUCUUCUCUACUGAAAGGAGCCCAACAUUAGUUGAAGGUGUACCUUUGCAGAACCGAAAACAGAAAGUAAAAUUAAAAAACGCUGCGCAAGCAACUGUUACCCAUGGUUUCUGUUCUGCCAGUCCACGCUGUUUGAGAACGAAACUUUAUACCAUCGCCCGGCAAUUGAAAUUCUUGUUCCGAACAGAAAGUUUAUCAUAUUUUCUUAAAACUCUUGCUACAAAUAUCUUAAAUUCAAUUAAUAACAUUUUUUUACAAAUACAUGAAAGCAAAGAAUUACAUCAAGUUGGUGUACUUUUUUCCCUUUCUAAUCCAAAACAUGGCAUGUUUGUUUUCCUAUAUUAA